AUUUGUAACCUCAAAUAUUUUAUUCUUCCCUCACUUUCGGGUCAGGUUCCGGCACUACCUAUUAUAGGAACAUCAUAUUGACAUCUCUUAAGAGACAUUUUGGCGGGCUUGUGGCCAAUGGUGCAUAUCGUCUAUUCAGUCUCUCUUAUGGCUUUGGAGGUGCAACGCGUUAGUCAGGUGAUUUUUGACGCGAUAUGAAGGGUCUUCGAGCGUUUUUUGGUCAGGUUUUGUUUCUUGUCUUGGCUUCACAAUGCUUCAAUACAGAAACAGUCGUCGCUCAAGGUGGGUUAUGGCAAACAAUAGUUAUUUAAUGUUGCUUGAAGAUACUGGCCGCAUGUUAACAUGCCCCUUCUGGUAUUUAACUUGUAUGGAGCCCACUUUCGUACGAACACUUUGACCGACGUAGAUAGCGAGUGGAGUUUUUACAAUAAGAUCUUUAUUUUAAAACCGAGAACAGAUCUUUUUGGUGAAAGACGCCCUUACAGUCUUAAGGACAGUUAAACUUAAUUGUUUAAAACAAACUUUCAAACAAUUUGACCUUGGAGCAUAGACCCUCGAAAUAUUUAACUGCCAAUGGCUCUUCUGGUUUUACCUUUAAAAUUUUGCUUUAAGCAAAGAGCAAUUACACUUUUUUUCCGUUAGGUUUUAUCAUUUUCGUGCACCAUUUAAUUUUCAACUCGAAGAACGCAUUUCAGUUGUGUACCAUUACAGUUAUGCAAAUCAAGGUUGCGAAAUUAUGCUUCGACAACAUUUCUACGUUUAGCAUAUCUUUACAUCAUUCAAUCGCGGUCAGUGCCUCUUCAUAAAUCAUAGCUAUUGUAUUUUUUGAUUUACAUACUGUCUGUCGCUCAUCAUUAACGGUUAAAGAUUAAUCACACAAGGAAAUAUCAAGUGCAAGGGUUUUAACACGGCGUUCCUCAUGCGUGACAGCUCCCACAAAUUUCAGUCACGCAACAACCGAAUCGGGACAAAUAUGACAAAAUUGACAAACAACUUUGAUUACAAUCAUAUUAAGGCAUGAAACUUUCGUCAGAAUAACGUUUAGCUGGCCUUGUGGGUUAUGGUAAAGAUACACCUUUAACACCAGUGCUUUGUGUCACGUCUAUAAGUCGUUAUUUUCUCUCUGGGUUCAGGAUAAAUAAGUUCAAAUUAUCAAGGGAGUAAGUGGGGGGAAGUAUUAGUAACAAGGAGAUUAAAUGGUUUUCAGGUGAACGGGGGAAUAAAUUGUCGCUGAAAAUUGACUGCCAAUGAGUGAAGGAUGGUAAGAACAUUGCAGAGUCCACUUGGGGGGAGAAAUCAGGUAAAUUUUUUAUUGAUGACACAACAAGAAUUUUCCAACCACCCAGGUGAUAAAUGAUGGCGAAUCCUUAAUGAGCUCAUUUUUUUAACAGAAGAGCCAUGCAAAGAUUUGUUGACGGAUUGUGAUUACUUCUUCAACGUGGACGAAUGCAAAAGAUACAGCGACCUUACAAGAAAAUAUUGUUCCGAGACAUGUGACCUCUGUGAGUUGAAAGAAAGCUUCUAAAUACCUUAUAUAUAUAUAUAUAUAUAUAUAUAUAUAUAUAUAUGUAUGUAUAUAUAUAUAUGUGUGUGUGUGUGUAUAUAUAUAUAUAUAUAUAUAUAUAUAUAUAUGUGUGUGUGUAUAUAUAUAUAUAUAUAUAUAUAUAUAUAUAUAUAUAUAUAUAUAUAUAUAUAUAUAUGUAUAUAUAUGUAUAUAUAUAUAUGUAUAUAUAUACCAAAACUAAUGAAAAGCGAAAGUCUUUUUUUAACUUUUACUUUGCUUUUGCGCUACGUGUUUCACCGCUGUAGCGGCUCUUCUUCUUCUGCUAUGUCUGAAGAGCCGCAACUGCAGUGAAACGCGUAGCGCAAAAGCAAAGUAAGAUUUUAAAGAAGAAUUUCGUUUUUCAUUGGUUUUAGUACCUUCAUUCGACACAGAAGUUUACAGUUUCUUUAUAUUUUAUAUAUAUAUGCAUAUAUAUAUAUAUAGCUCUCAUUUUCCAGAUGAUAUUCAAAGUCAACUACUUAGGGGUUACAAUGUGUUAUGAGAGAUUUCUUGUUCUUUGUCAAACGAUGAUAAUGAAUUGGCAACUGCAUGAUAUGGCAAUAUUAUCACUGUUGUGGGAAUGGUUGAGGCAAGUGACUAAUGAGAAUGCCAUAGACAAAGUCGCAGCUGAUAUUACAUUACUUUUGCUGCUUCUCCCUGGAAAUCUUCAACGACAAUUCCAGCGUGAAUCGUUUACACGCAUAAGAAGCUUUUCCUUUCGAGAGCAUUAGAUUUCCCAAAUGUAAAUCGCCUAUUGUGACCGUAACUAACUAGAAGCUAAAAGCUUUUCCCUUUUCUCGUAUCAUCUAUGAUGAGAAAGUUUUGUCAAGGGAUCUAAUUACUGGGCUUAAUCUUAACUCAUAAGUAAAAUCAUCAUAUUUUAUUGAAAAUUUUGUUUAGCCUUCCUUUUUAUCUCUUUCCUGACAAAUUUCCAGGUCCUACACCCAGUCCCACAGUUUUGCUAGGUGAGUAAAUAUAUGGAAAAAUUAAAUAAAUCUAUUUCUGAAUCCCCACUUCAAAUAAAUUACGUUUUUUUAUAACGCUUGUUAAGAGAGUUCAGCCCUAAAAAUGAGGAACAAUCACAGAGGAGAUUCAAGCGAAAAGCUGCCGACGCUGUCUACAGUGAAAAAGUAAGAGCACCAGCAAAAAUAAAUCAACAAGGCUGAAGUUGUCAAACCCCAAAUCCAUUUGUAAGCCAGAUAGGCUUGCCCAUUUCUCAUUCACAGCUUUCCUCUUCAGCUCCAUAAUCUAUAUCUUUGCUAACCUGAUUUCAACUUAUAAUUAUCAUCUGUCUCCUCGCCACUGUUUUGUGAUCAGCAUGUAGAGAUAUGUUACCAGACUGUGCAGAGUACAUAAAGAAUCCAUCCCAGUGUCACGGAGCGAGAGAAUUCUUCAUAAAGUACUGUCCAAGAACUUGUAGCUACUGCGGUAAAAAUUCCUGUAUUCAAUUGUUUUCUUUCAUGUUUGUAAGUUAGAGUUUCUUUUUUCUGUUUAGCUACUAGUUUCAUUGACUUGAAACGUGGAGGAUUACCCCCCACUCAGAUAGAGCGUUGGUCCAACGCAGUGUCAACCCCCACGAUUUAUCGAGUUUUCGUGAAAGUUAUCCCAUAUUAAUCUAGACUCCUGAGUGAGGCUCUGUGACAUUGAAGUGUUUGCCUAAAGCACGACAGAAUCACUCGUCCAGAGCCCAGUAUAUACUCAAAUAUAUAUGCAAUGUCCCCUAAGUUCUUCGAUCAGCGCUUUUGCCUUUACCAAUUCUGCUUUGAUGGUUGUCUUCUCAUCAAAAACUAAUUUUAAGAUAUAUUUAACGUAAUCAAUUGAACUUUUCUAUACGUGUUCCUAUCUUGUCAGGAUGUAAUGAUAUUCUUGAUGAUUGCUCCUCCUACGUUACUGAUCCAGAUCAAUGUAAAUCGUCUCCAUUUUUCUCCAAGUAUUGUAGAAGGACUUGCGAAAUAUGUGGUACGUUUGUAAGUUUAUUAUCUUCCAUUAAAAAAAGUUUCUUGUAUUCUUUUUUCAUACUUUACGCUAAAACAUAUACAUUGUGACCUGACCACACUUUCAUGUACAUUGAUAAAGGUCUAUUAACCGCAACCUGGAUAGCUUAAAAAAUUCUUACUAAUCCGUCAAAAAGUCAUUUUCUGCACAAAAACGUUUUAUUUCUCUGUGAUGUCUAAAUUUUUGCCUGAAGCAUGCUUUCUUUAUUUUUUUUUCCACGCUGUUUUAAUCGUACAAACCGAAGAUAAAAGCAAUACAAACGUUUGGCUAGCUGCCAGCUGCUUUGGUAAAGAAUAAAUCAGAAUCUUCACGUCAUUCAGCAAACAUCAGUUAGUUAAAGGAGCAGAAGACUGCCAGUGAUUUAUAUCAGUAACUAUUUGUUAGGUUAGAGCAUUUGUGAGAUAUUGUCUGUGAUUUUUUCUUUUCCCACAGAGAGUUGGAAUUCCUCAACUCCUACAACAAAGCAACCUCUGCUAUCAACUGUUAUGGCCCUGCUGACAACAACACCUUCGAAAGAAUCCACAUCAACUGAGUCUGCGAACAAACCAACUCUCUCACCUGUUGUCACAACAGAAACAAAUAUAGUAACCAUACCACCAGGUCCAAUAGGUAAUGGAUAUAUCCUGAGUAUCAAAUGAUAACCAAGUGUUGGUUGGUUAUAUCCCUCAUUUACUUCCUCUUCGUGAAUAUUUUAGGAGAGUUUACUAAUCUCGUUUAUUCAGGCGGUAAAAGCAUAAUUGGUUGAUUUUGUUUCGAGCCAAAUUAGAUGCAUCAUUUAUAAAACUAGGAAGACGAAACAGAAUGAAAUGCUUUUAGCACUUCUUGACCUUCAACUGUUUUUUUAAAUUUCUUAUCACGUCUUGCCGACUUUCAGAAAUACGUUAGAAACCAGAAUUGUCCCGGAAAAGUUUGUUUCUAGUCUAUUAAGUUUUGACAGAGUCAAUUAAGUCAUACAUUUGUCAAUUAAUUCAGUCAAGUUUUACGAAUUCCUUUGCAAAUGUCUCAUACAAAUUGUUCUUGGGAACCUAAAGUCACAAUGAGAGCACCACUGUGUUAGUUACUUUAUCAUUUUUGUUUAAUUUCCUAGUGUGUGUAGAUUCCCCAGAAUGUGCGUCAAUUGUUGAAAACGACAGAGAGUUGUGUAAAAAGCGUGAAGAUUAUAUGAAGGAAAAUUGCCCGCAGUCAUGCGGUUUCUGUGGUAAGAUAACUUAGAGAAAUAGUGGACAAUGGUACGAUUGGAAGUUGUUAGUAAGAGUAAUCUUUAGUUUGAGGUGUAAUAAUUCAACAUACGGCCUGAAGGUGUUUAUUAUCAGGAUUACUAGGAAACGGAUUAGUGCUGAGUAGUCCCCUGUCUUCCUUGUGAACGCCUUAAAUGCGAGCCAUUUAUAUCUUUUGUGAAGGGUCAGUUCUUAAAAUCAUUAAACAGAUCCAUUUCAGUAUUUUUUCCGCCAACGGAAUGCUGCUAACACAUUGGUCAGCGGUCAUAGUUGAUGCAACAGUUAUUAGAUGCUUACAAAUGGACGUACGACAUGACCAGGUUCAGUCACUACAUAAUUAUUAUUACAAUAAAACAUUAUUUAAUGCUUUAGUUUUCUGUCUCUCUCGCCAUCAAAGCAAAUUAUAGUAAAGCUACAGUAAGUCACUUAUCAGUAGUUAUAGCUAGAUUUUUUUCUCCAGUACCCUGAUUGACUGAACUGCGACUGCAUGUUGAGCAGCUUACACUUAACGUAAAAAUAAGACUUGUGUUUCAGACAUCUGCAUUGUCUACAAUAGAACGACAGGAGCCCAAUUAGUAAUGAGCCCCCUAAGAAGACUAAAGAAACAAACCAUAUUAUUCGUUCAGGCGUAUGAGGCGAGUAACCAUCGUUUAAAGGAUGAAGUGCAGUUUUUAACUUAGAUUUUGCACAUUCAUUUCAGAUGACAAAUCCUAUUGCGAAGAUGAAAAACCAGAGGAAUGUUCCUUUCUCUUUGAUACAGACAAAGCGUAUUGCAAAUUCGAACCAGAGUACAUGGAGAAAAACUGUGCAAAGACUUGUGGAUUGUGUGGUAUGCAUAGACUUCGAGACAUAAAGCAAACAAACCAGCGCAUGCAAAAGCAUUUGAAAGCACUUAGUCUUAAAGCGUUUCAUCGACACCGAAUUCACAUGGCGAUCUUGAAUCGUUCAAAUAUUCGAUUGUUACUAUUUUUGGCAAUUAUCAGUUAGUUAGCUCUAGAUAAAAGAAUAAUUCAUAGCGGAUAUGAAUCUCUUUGAAUAUAAGAAGAAACUAGAGAGAAAUGCCGGAUUUAAAGAAGCAAAGUACAAGCUCGCUCUGAUCUUGAGUCGUUCAAAUAUUCGAUAGUUAUAUUUUUGGCAAUUAUCAGUUAGUUAGCUCUAGAUAAAAGUAUAAUGCAUAGCGGAUAUGAAUUUAUUUGAAUAUUAGAAGAAACUAGAGGGAAAUGCCGGAUUUAAAGUAGCAAAGUACAAAGUCGCUCUAAUAUAUGGUCAGUCUCUCAUUACCAUACUUGACAAAGAGUGAAAGCUACUAAACUGCAUCUAUUUGGUUUGGUAGAUUGUCGCGAUUUUUUACCGAUAUGCGCCCCUAUUGUUGCAAACAACGAAGGUUAUUGCGAAGCUAAUCCUGUUUUCAUGAAAACAAACUGCCCUAAAUCCUGUAACUUGUGUAAAGGUAAGAUACAUUUAUCCUGAUAUGUCCAAAGCAAACCUAACUGUUUGACAGUUGGGUAUUCUUAGGGUUUUCCAGAACGAGUAUUCGUUGAUGAUUUUUAUAUUCAAUCUUAUAGAAUUUUUUUAAAGUUAUACUUGUCUUUAAAUUGAGGAAUUACUUUGUACCAUUAUGGCGUUCCGAAGCAGGUUGCAGGGUAUAAAUGGGAGGUCCCCUUGCAAGCCCUAUUUCGUCAUCUACAAAGUUGUUGCUUCAGCUUAAUGCCAUCUCACCUGAGGGCCACAGCUAAAAUUUUCAUUAUGUUUCUCUACACAUUUCUAAACCUUCUAGGAUUUGAAUUUGUCCGACAUUAAUAAAUUUUUUGUUGCAUCAUUUUUACUUUCCCAAGGGUGUUAAUACACAAUUAUUAUAUAAUGCUUCGCAAAUUUUGUCACAGGUUGCCAAAAGUUAAUCCUAAUGUAAUAAGGCCAAAUGACAAGUGUAACAAAACUGACUCUAACUUUCUCCUUUUCCAGACAAUAAUGGUAAUGUCAGGUCGCCAAGCCCAGAUGGUAAGAAACAAAGAUUGAAGAAUCGUCGUUUUACAAGUUUCAUUAUUGUUAGCUGGUGUCCUUAAUCACAAUUCAUCUUGGAGGGCAAUAUAAUAUUUAACAUAACUGUAACUCCAGUCCUAUCAUUUUUUCUACUAGUUAUGUAGUUAUUAGUGAUUCUACUCAGUUGUUAAACUUUUUUCUCGCUAACUUUCUCUGUCGGUUGAUUCAUAGAUUGUGUUGAUAAAAGGAAACAAUGCGCCACGUUUGCUAGAGUCAAGAACUACUGUUCUUAUCAAGCUGUAUUUAUGAGGGAAAAUUGUCCAAAAUCAUGUCAGUUUUGCCAGAAGGUAAGAAGGGACAAAUUUGAGAACGGCGGGGAAAUUUCUGCAUUUUAAAAAAACGCACAUAAUGGCCAAGUAUCCUGACAGAAAUAUUCGUCAAUGAGUAUUUCAAAGAUACUUUUGAGGAAAUUGCAAUUUUAACGAAAUUGAGCCUAAGGAACGUUCAGCGGUUCAAAAGAAAAUGGGGGUGGGGGGUAGUGAUCUAGUUCGUUGAUUUAAAAAUUUGUUUUCACAUCACGCUAUAAAAUUAUUUACCCGUUUAACCCUUUCCCACCCACCCACUCAGGUGAGAAGUUGGAAGUGGAACGGUUAUCAAAAGACUCUUGAAUUUUACAACCGAAAGAACUCUGACUUUUUUCACUGUUUCGUUCGUAUUAAUUUCAUUUCGCAAUAUUUCAGUUGAAAAAGGAAACAACGCUAAGAAAAAAUCUCAGAAAAUUAAACCUAGCUGUUUAAACUAAGAGCAGUGCCUGACAGAUUUGAAACGACAAACUGUUACAGGAAAAUUGUAUCGUCCAAACAUGACGUCAUCCUCAGCCAACAGUCAACAAAGCUGUAACUACAACAUGCCAUAACACGUCUAUCGAUAGACAGAGAUAUGUUUUCUUAAGUUGUCAAAAUAAUUUCAUCUGGACAAGAAUCAUUUCAAUUUAGCUUUGUUGAAAUUGCUUCGCCUCUCAUAGAUGCUGCAGAUUGAUUCGUGAGAGUUACUCAAAGAAAGACUCUGGCCUGCCCAAGAAAUGUUCCUCAAAAUUUAUAGUUACGUUUUGCUCGUGUUCGUUUUCUACGUGAAUUUUUGCCAGUCUUGUCCAAAGGUACGAAAUUUUUAUCAUUAAGUAAGCGAUUUUUCGGCGUUUCAAUUGAUUCAGAAAUUUACUUAUCCUACAAAAGUUACAGGUACCAGCAGGUUAUUUCAUCACUACUUGCAUUGCAGACCAUGGCCGGUACCUGAUUAUUAGUGAUCAGAGACAGUCGCCUCAGUCCACAAAAGCGCUUUGCCUCGAGCCUUUUAAAGAUUUCAAGGAAAAACGUAAAUUAAGGACCUUCAUCUAAUCAGUCGGGUGUUGCAAUUUGUUGUGAUUGGAUUAAAUGCAACGUUACCCUUUGCAAAUCUAUUUUAACGUGUUAACAAGAGAUUGUUAUAAUCUUUUGGUGUUAGGCCUUUUCUUCUAUUUCUAAUGAAGUACGUCUAGCUUUAGUAGGUGAAAGAACGUGAUAUAUCUAAUCAUAGUUUAACCCUAUCGUGAGCAUCCUGUUUACUAUGCAUCACUCAAGGUUUUUUUUUUCCUUUAUCAGGAAUACAAUUUUGCCAUCAAUACAGAGUGGAAUGGAUCCAAAAUCAACCACGCCCCUGUCACUUUCCAAAUUAGUGCCCAGGACUCCCGAACCGUACGUAUUUCUGUUAGUGGACCGUUCUUUAAUGACCCAGACCCUCCACCGUGCAAAGCAGGAAGUGCCUGUGAUGGAUUGUGGGAUUAUGAAGGUAUGACUCUAAAUUCAUGAGUUUUGUAAACUGCAAUAUUUCAGGAAUUUAGGCGGGUGGCCUUUCAAUUAUGAUUUGAAAUCAAGGCAAUUAAUUGUUUAUUUAUUUUUCAUUUUAGCCAAGACUUGUAUAAUCAAUUCCUAUAAUUCAGUCAAAUAGUAACUGGCUUGUUAUAGUUUUUAGCAAGAUCGCGUACUUUAUCUAGUUAAAGCCUAAAAAGAAGAGGGCAUGAUCAGGUAUUCCAUGGUUCGCUGACGCGUGAUUGAGAACCCACUCGAUUAGUGUUUGCAAAUUUUUACCAAUUUGAAAAUUUUAAUUUAACAGUCCUAUAAAAAACCUAUUUUUCUUUUAAAACAGCUAUUUAGAUAAAGAAACAAGUGAAUAUAUAGUAGAUGUAUGAAAAAAACAGAUAAAAGUAGUCGACUAUUUUUAUACAAUUUAAGGAGCUUAAAAAACUACGAAUUUAUUAUCAUCCUUAUUGAGAAAAUGACAUACACUUGUCCGUUAACAGUCUGAUUGAUUAUAUUAUUCCUUAUUCCUUGUCUUUCUUAUUUCAGUCGCUGAAGUCUUUUUCCUUGGAAAACGAGAGAAAUACCUAGAAAUUGAGCUUAGUCCGUGAGUGUUGCCUUUCACCCUUCGAAAUUCUUUACUUUUACAAUUUGAAAAAAGAAAUUGAAAAUGAAUUUGAGGAAUUUGCCCCCGGCAUCCAACCUCCUCAAGAAUUGAAGAAUUCCGUUUGCUUUCUUCUAGGAGUAUCUUGGAUGGGAGGAGUUGCCACGAUAGUGUCUCAUUAGCAUCAUUUGGGGGGGGGGGGGCAUGUGCACUGUUUGAACUUAUCACUUUAACUCUACAAAAGGAGUCUCAUGCAAUCCUGCUCCCCCCCCCCAUGGGGUCCCUUGCUUAGGAGUUGGUGAUGUUCUAUGUCAUCUUUCCCCUUGUUUUUGUUUUGAAAAUUAAAAUAUCCGGUUUGAUUAUGUUUUUAGGCACGGACAGCACUUGCUCCUCCUUUUAAAUGGAGUGCGAAAGAAAUUCUUAGUAAGUAUAACUUAACUUUGCAGAAAAUUUGUUUGCUAGGAAGAGAUCAAUUAUUCCAUUCUUUUCUCUGCAGUUCCAUGUACCGGUAACUGAAAAUUUUUACAGUACAUCGUAUAGUAAAUUUUUUUUUGUUUCCUUUGUUUCUUUCUCUCUUUUUUUAAACAAUUGCUGGCUCGUAUCUUGUGCACACUGUUCAGAAUAACACGAACAUUCCAAUAAACACAGCCGGAAGCCUAAAGGUAACCUUAAUUUUCCUCUCGUUUUUCGUUGACAGGACAAACUUCCCAUUGAGUACGCAGCCACAAUCGACCGAGCAAAAAAUACAUGGAACGGAACUGCUAAAAUCCCAAUCGACUACUUUCCUCCUGAAGUGAGAAAAAUCAAUGCAUACGCUAUUCAUGGCUCAGGGAAUCAAAGGAAAUACGAGUCACUGUAUCCUGCACCAGCUGAUGUCACCAAUCCUGACUUGUAAGUUGUCUGUCUUAUAAUUUCGAUCAGCUAGUUGCAAUACCUUUCAACUCUGUGGGGUGAAGGAGGGUAUUUAUGUUGCUUUUCCAUACUCUAUGAUUAGUGCAGAAACUCGUGACACCCUCUCAACCAAUCUAACUCAAAACUAAAAUUAAACAUGAUUUCGUCGCCCGAGUUCUUCCUCGCUUUAGCCGCAUACACGUUCACAGUUAGUUCUCAUUUGCUCCCUAUGAUUUAGUGUGGUGGGAAACACGACUUCAAACAAGGCUAGACUUCAAUCUUAACCUCUCCCUUUUAAUACUCUUUCUCCCCAAACGUUCCCAGGCCUUCUCAGUUUUGGGCCUAUUUCUCAUCAUCCUCAUUUGGUUUGAGGCGGAUAUGUAAAGAAUCUGAGACUGGAACAUGGGCACUACUCUCGUUAAGUAAUUUUUAUUCUUUGCUUUUUCAGCCAUCGUCUGGAAUUUUUCGAGCCGUUUGAUUUUGACGCCAUGUUUACCUUGUCCUGGAGUAAACCACAGUCCCAUUAUUGGAAAAAUGUCAAAAGAAUGCUGAGGGCAAGACUCAGAGCUUAAUCACAAACUAUGCAUGCUGUCAAUAAAUUGAGAAAUCUUUAAUGAAAACCUCGCUGAUAAGUAAAAUCAUAGCAGCGAAGAGUCUAUAAAGGAGCUACCCUGAGGGUAGAAGAAGGGCAUUAAACAUAUCUUUUACCCCCUCACGUUUGAUCCCAUGGGUAGGCCUUUCCAAGACCUUUCACAGAAAUGAAGUCUCUUUCCUAACCAACACUUUUAAACUACACUGCUGAAAGACUUCUUCAAUUCACAAUAGAGAUAGCUGGAGCACUUUAACUAACACCUCAGCAAAUCUUCCUCACUUUACGCACAAUCGCUCUGACGAAGGGCUAACGCUCGAAACGUCAGCUUUUUUACCCUUUAGGUGGCCAAUUUACGUUUUCAACUCAGUUGUUAACACUAAAUUACCUGCUAUACCCUCCCACCGACGCAGCACCACAUUUUCUUUAGGAACUUACCUCUUAAUUAUGUUGGAUUACUUCUUCAAUCCAACGAUGUACUCCUAUAGAUAGGAAAACCUAAAUCUUCCUUGCCCCUCCCUGUACCUCAACUGAUUUAAAAACCUUUGGCUCAUAAAAGAUAAUAAUCGGC